AUGGAUAUAACAACAAAAAAUAGACUUUGCAACUUAACUAAAAGUUUAUCAAAAUCAUUUCCACCCAUACUAUACCAUUAUACUACCAGUGCCGGUGCCCAAGGUAUACGACUGGCCGGUCAAAUCAAAAAGUCGGGUUCUAGCGGUGCAUUUGGACCGGGUGUCUACAUGACAUCAAUGGACCCCUUUAGUUUUUUUAGAUCAGAAAUAGUCAAAAACAAUUACGGAUCCACUAGACGGGCUAACUGUGCCGAUUGGGUAGUAUUUAUCUAUACGGAUAAAUUGGACAAAACCAAACUUAAAGCGGUAGACACUCGGGAUAAACAAGAUAUAUAUGUUUAUGACAUGGAUUUUGUUAGUGUAUCGCCCAAUGAUAUACACGACAAACCCCAAUGUUUAAAACUAAAUGUUAAACCACCCUAUACAGUUACCUAUACUAAUGUUCAACAAACUACUAACAUGUUUAUUCAAGAUAAACUGUAUCACUAUGUUUGCACUGAGGAUGCCCGGGCCAUUAGAAACAACCAAAAAAUACUACCGGGUCGUAUAACGGGACAGGCAGCCAAUGGUAUACUACUGUCAUCAAUGGACCCUGGUCAAUUCAAUCGUGAUCAAAUCAAACAGGAUCUAUUUGAUGGCAAUUGUCCAGUAAAUAGUGUAGAUAAUUUAGUUAUAGUAAAUACAAAUCAGCUAGAUAGAAAUUUGUUGCACAUGUUUAUACGUCCAGGUAAAUAUAAUCUAUUUUAUUACGAUACGGCCAUUAGUAUUGCACAAAUAGAUGUUAUGGAUAAACCUAAAUGUCAACAAAAUCAACAUAAUAAUAAUAAUAAUAAUAAUAAUAAUUCACCAAUGUCCAUAAAUUUCAAUAGUACCAAUGAGACAAUACAAUUUAUUGGUGGACAACCCUAUGUUUCAUUGGCUGUUAUCAAUAAUAAUAAACUUAAAAAUCAAUCAAUAAAUGCAUUACCAUUUUAUACGGUAAAUUUUGAUUCAACAAUUAGUACUAUACCUCAACAACAACAACAACUAAACCAAACAACAAUUACAAAUGAUAAACAUGAAAAUAAGUCAAAAAUCUAUUACUAUUAUACCAAUGCUGAUGAGGCACAGGAAAUCAAAUUGAAAAAGAAAAUUAAAUUCAAAAAUUCAAAAAAACAAAAUAACGGAAACGGCCUAUUGUUGACAACAUUGUCGCCAACUGACUACUAUAGGGCCGAAAUAUUGUCUAGACUUUAUGUUACCGAUAGUACCCAUAAAACUAAUUCAAAUCUGGCCGAUUGGUGCAUUCAAAUAGAUGAUAGAAAAUUAAAUAAAAAUAAAUUGAUUGUCGAUCGUCCAGAUAUUUAUUAUUAUAAAGCAAGUAUCGAGGUUAUUAAUAGUUGUGAUGUCAUGGAUAAACCUAAAUGUACAAGAAGUAAUAUUGUUGCAAUGGCAUCACCUCAAUUACCUCUAUCAUCUCUACCUGGUCAAUCUGGCCAAGGAGGUCAAUCAGGUCAAUCAGGUCAAUCAGGUCAAUCUGGCCAAUCAGGUCAAUCAAGUCAACUAGUUCAAUCAGAUCAAUUAGCUCAAUUGUUACAGUACUUUAUAUCAGCACAAUCGGACCAAUCAACUAAAUUAGCCCAAUCAUCACAAUCGGCACAAUCGGCACAAUCGGCACAAUCGACACAAUCGACACAAUCGGCAGUACCUUCAGUAUCGUUGAAUUCAAGAUUUCUAAACGAAUUACAAGCAAAACUAAUAGCAAAUAAAAUACCUAAUAUACUAUACUAUUAUUCAAGCAUUCAAUCGGCAAACUUAAUCAACGAUUCAGGUUAUAUUAGACAAUCAAAAUCAUAUAAUGGCCAUAAACAAGGUGUCUAUCUAACCGAUUUAGAUCCUCAAGAUUAUAGCCCCAAUGAUAUAAUAAAAUUGCACCAAGGUAUACCUGGUCAUAUACUAGAUAAUAGUGCCGAUUGUUUUAUUAGGAUUCAGAAAAUUUAA